ACUUCAUUUUAUGAUUUGCUUUAACCAAGUUGACUUUAUUUAUUUUUCAUUUUGACUUUCAUAGUUGCCAUUUGUAAACAGAAGUGACAAUGAAAACCAUUGAGUUGAUUACCUACAAUUGUUUCAUCUUCCUAACACUGUUAAUUGUUUCAACUGAUUCACAAUUAUUUUCCGUUCUUGCUUUAGCAACAUUGGCCAAGGUGCUUCGACCCAGACCCAAGUAUCGUCCACCAAUCUAUUAUGACCCAAUGGCUCAAUCAAGUUCUCAUGGAUCUCCAAUCAUGAUGAGACCACCGAUCAUAGCUCAAUCAGCUCCACAAUUAGUUCAACAACCAAUUGUUCAGUCGAUCCAACAACCAUUUACACAGUCAGUGCCUUUAGCACCAUCUAAACGAGGCUUUGGUUAUCCAGUUAACCAACAAAGUUCAUCAAAUGAAGCUGAUGUUUGGACACAGAAUCAGCAAAGUUUAAACAAUCAAAACAUUCCUAAUUUUUCGUCUUCUCAAUCGUCAAAUGGCUUGCAACUGGCCAAUCUUGGGUCAUCUUUAAGCUCCAAUAAUUUAAUUUUAACUGCAAAACCUCAAGUAUUUCCUGUCUUUAAAUUUGUUCCAGUUGACAGUCAACCAAAUAAUCGAGUCAAAAAAGGUUAAUUUGUUUUCUAAAAAUUAUUUUUCAUGUAAAAUC